AUGCCCCCCAAGCGUCAGCCAACGAACGAAGUGGAAAGGUCUUCUCAGGAGCGGCCGAGGGCCCUGCCCAUCCAACCGCCUUCAGGGGAUUUCCACAGCAAAAACAAUAGCAGCAUUGCGAAUAGUGAUAGUUAUAAUUCUACAUCCACCAACACUUCUGCGUCUCACAACGACAACUCUCAAGUCGAUGGCAGCAGCCACCAUAACACCACAACGACCUCAUCAAAGGUUGACAUAAAGAACAAGCGGACGGACACCGUUAUUAAUUUCCACUUAAACGUUGGCAAUAUGCAUGUCCAGUCGCCAAUUCAAAGCCAACCAUCCAGCCUAGCUAGUGGGAUGCGGCUCGCCGUCGCUGGACUGGAUCAUGCAAUAAUGGCUAAUCAUGUGCCCUCCAUCGCCAUGACGGAGGGCGCUGAAACCGAAUUGCUCAAAGAGUUACCUUUCUUUACCCCAGUCUUUACCCCAGCUAUUGCUCCCAACUACAGCAAGACGGCACGUCAGCGAAGGUUGAGUGAUGGUGCCCUCAAAGAGUUCAUUGGCCAUCCUUCUUUGGAUACCGCAAGUCCCAUGGAAGAAAACGUUCACUGUAUGAGCGAUGGAGAAGUUAAGCCCGCAAAUGUUGCAGACAGAUCUCGUCGUAUUUAUCGCACUAUGACUACAAAGCCCUCCAACCCAUUCAAGUCGAAGGCGUAUUCGAAGCAGGUUGCAAAUACUAAAGAGAAGAACGAAUCAAUGCCAAGCGGGAAGGACGACAACGCCUCUCAGAUUCAGAGGCCGGUUAGUCUACCCAUUCAACAAAAGGAAUCUGUGAAGGGAGGACGGAAAUUCUCAGUUUCCGAGGCCAUUACUCUCGGUACACCUGCCCUGCAGAACAUCCUCAAAAAGGUGGGACAACCAGAUCAUCAGGGUUGGCUGAAGAAGAAGGGAUCUAGCUGGAAUUCAGGCUGGAAUGACAGGUAUUUAUUCUUGUCAGGCUCGUCGCUCUACUGUUUAAAAAAUAGUGUCCUCGAAGCAUGUGUGGUGAAGGAUCGUAUCCAGUUAAGAGGCGUCAGGAUCGUCGUCGAGGAGAUUUCCACGAGUAGGCGUUCUCCUCGAUAUGGCUUCCGCAUCGAUCAGCACGGACAAAAAAUCUCUUUCCGGUCUGAUGACGAAGACGGUGUCAAAGAGUGGAUUGGCUUCUUGAGGAAAGCUACAAUCGAACGCGACUACACAGACCCAGUGAAGAUGAGCUCGACAAUUACUACCAUACCUCUCGCUGAUGCACAGGCAAUUACUCGUCGCUCCACUCUGUUCGUGCCUCAGGACCUGGGAAAGUCGGAGACUCCUCCAGGUAAUAUCCGGCUGGACAACAAAGGAGAAGAGUGCCUCAGAGGCACCAAAGAUGAUUUUCCUACCUCCCCAACUGCAAAACAGGAUGCCCCCCCGCCUAGUCCAUGGCAGCUGCAUGUCCAAGAGAAAACCGGUGUUGUUGGAAUAAGUGUGAUCAGAUCAUUUUCCAUGCUUCUACCCCAGACCCGUCGUGAAGCGAUUCUCUUAUUUCUUCCCUCCCUCGUUAUUUUUUAUUUGUUCAUUUCGUCUGGGUCGUAUUCUUGUAAGUAA